AUCAGCUACUCACUUGGCGACGUGUACCCGGUGAGUGGAAGUGUCCAGGUAUCUCACCGCUGCUGGAUUACAAGCUGCCAUAAAGCACCUAAAAGGCCUUAAAAGAACGAAAGCAUGGGAGGAUCACAGAGUGUGGAGAUACCGGGAGGGGGUUCCGAGGGCUACCACGUCCUCCGGGUUCAGGAGAACUCGCCUGGACACCGUGCAGGACUGGAACCUUUUUUUGACUUCAUCGUCUCCAUCAAUAACACCAGACUGAACAAGGACAACGACACCCUGAAGGACUUGCUGAAAGCCAGUGUAGAGAAACCAGUUAAGAUGCUGGUCUACUCCUCAAAGACCCUGGAGCUGCGGGAGUCCACUGUCACACCCAGUAACCUUUGGGGGGGCCAGGGCUUGCUUGGCGUCUCUAUUCGUUUCUGCAGCUUUGAAGGAGCUAAUGAGAAUGUUUGGCAUGUCUUGGAAGUGGAGCCGAAUUCCCCAGCAGCCCUUGCAGGCUUGCGGCCGCACACUGACUACAUCAUUGGAGCUGACACCGUUAUGAAUGAGUCAGAGGACCUCUUCUCUCUGAUAGAGAGCCACGAGGGGAAAGGAUUGAAGCUCUAUGUGUAUAACACAGACACUGACAACUGCAGAGAGGUGGUCAUCACACCAAACAGUUCCUGGGGAGGAGAGGGCAGCCUUGGAUGUGGGAUUGGUUAUGGAUACCUUCACAGGAUUCCCACCAGGCCUUUUGAGGAGGGGAAGAAGAUCAGCUUCCCUGGAAAUAAUCCCAGUGAGCCCGUCAGUCCACUGAAGGAUGGAUUCACUGAGGUCCAGCUCUCAGCAGUGACCCCUCCUCCCACUGCACCUGCUGUCCCCUCAGGUCUAGAGGAUUCACUGUCUGCCCUGUCAAUCAGCACAGCCCCGCCCACCAUGCCCAGUGAGCUGCAGACAGGUUUGCCCACAGUCCCUCUGCUCCCCUCCUCCACCAGCCCCUCCCUCAGCCCACUCACUCCACUGAAUCCUGCCACCACCGGCUUCAACCCUGCCACCACACUACCAGGUCUGAUGCCCCUCCCAGGUGGCUUACCUCCGCUCCCUAACCUUCCCAAUCUCAACCUGCCGCUCCCAGACCUGAGUGCAGUGCCACUUGCAGGCACCAGCACUUUACCACCACCAGUAGGCACAGCAGCUCUGGCCCCUCUCCCACCCCUCAACCUGCCAGGUCUGGCCUCGUUCCCCCCUCUACCCACUGUGCUGCCUUCCCAGCUGCCUCCUCUCCUGCCUCAGGGAGUGGCCCCUCUCUUACCCACCUCCACCGCCAUCCCUCCCGCCUCUCUCACAGUCACAGCAGCGGCCACCGCUGCCGCUAACCCCGUCGCCGACUCUACAGCGCCCACGGAAGCCGUCCCCACGAACGCCACGGAAUCAUCGCCGGCCCCCACGGAAACAACACUAACGUCGUCAUAACCUGGGAACAAAGGUCCCACUCGCCAUCGAACCAAAACACACACCCGGUUUCUCUUUUUCCCCUCCUGUCUGUCUUUCUCUGUGUUUUUCUAUUUAUUUGGCCAAGAGGGACAGGCAGGCUGCACCAGUUCACACCCAGAGGUCAGCAUGCUCCAGUUAUGGGUGAGGGAGCUUGUGUGGAGCGAUGAAGGAUGAAUGGAUAUGAAGAAUGGAGGACUGAUGUAGACUGGUCUUACCAACACGUCUUCAUAAACAGAUUGUCAUGGAGCUUGCCUGAGCUACUUUAUGAGGAGGACAAGGUCUGCUCUUCAGUUUGUAGUUUGCUUCGCACUUCUGCAGUUACAUCAAGGCAAAGAAAUAUCUUAGAAUCUUCCCCUUUUCUGAUCUGGACAUCUUCUCUGUUUCACAGUUGUGUUUUUUUAUAUAUAUAAACAGUGUAUGUUAAUGGGGCUGGACAAUAAAUUGAAUUUACUGAAUUACUACCUACAUCAGCUCACAGUUCAGUCAUUUAACUGGAAUAAAUCAGGACAAAGAUAUAAGAAGUGGCCAACAUGGGGAAAAAUCAUAAAUUGCUGUAAUAAACAACAGGUAGAUAUGAAGCCAUCAUGUUAGAGAUUUUGGGUCUAAUUGUCCAGCCCUGACCAUGUAACCUUUUAUUAUUAGUUAAUAGACACCCCCUGACUAAUAGAUUAAUUUGAUUGACAUGUAUUAAUUUUUGUUGAUAUCUGAGUAUGUGUCUCCACCCAGUGAAUGAAUCUGCAUUAUUUUGCACCACUUUUGUGUUUUGAAAUGAUUAGUCUGUCCCUUUUGUAUGUCUCUCAGUGUAUUUCCAGAACUCUACACACCGUCUCCACCACACAGAGAUGGUGACAGCCUGAAGGCCGUGCCAGAGGAGACAGAGGUUUACAGUUACAAGAGCUACUGAGGAGAGUGUGUGAGUUUGCUGGGUGAUCAUUAGUAGGGUGAAACAUGGAAGUAUAGUUGUUAAAUACACAGUUUGUCUCCUCCUGGCAUGGCUGAUGUAAAUUGGUAAGCAGAGUUGCGGUGAUACAGUACAGCCACAAGGUGUUGCUGUAACAGAGGCUUCUGAAAACAUCUGCAGUAUGCACAGUGCAAGCAAUAAAGCCAAAUAAAUUUUA